AUGUACCUUCGUCAAGAUGAAGUUGAUGCCUUGAUCAAGAAGACUGCUGGUGAUGAUAUGAACGAGUGCUUGAAGUUGAGGCAUCUCUGGCAAACAUGCUCUGCGACUAAGUCGACUACUGAGUCGAGCCGUGGUGACACUGCUAGUAUUGCCGAUUAUCAUUUUGAUAAGCAGUCCUCGGCUGACGAAGCUACUAAUGUGCGAUCUAUGGGAGAAUGGCUGCAAACUUGUAAACUGUAUGGUCUUUCCUUGGAUAACUGUUGGAGGUUUCUACUCAAGUGCCUCUCUCCCAGUGUCAAGAGCGAGCUCAUUGAUAUGCUUGAAGAAAGGCAUCUUUUACUUGAGGGUGCUAUAGAGAGUAGACUAGCUGCUGCUGAGACCUUUUUGCGUUCGGCCUUUGACGUUAAACAACAGAGUAAUGAGCUCAUUGGCGACUACAUUGGUCGACUACGAGAAGGUGUUAUGGAGGGUAAAUGUAUUGGCCUUACGAUUACACAGGAUGAGAUCUUGGAUAAGUUCGUUAAGGGUCUGAAGCCCAAUUACCAGAAAGCAUCUUUGGGAGAAUGCAAACAUUGA